AAGUUCAAGCCGACUUAUACUGCAGUCACUCUCUCUUUUGAUGUUCAUCGCAUUUCAUUUCACAAAAUCAGGAUAGAGGCUUGAAUCUACAGCCGCCACGAUGACUGAAGCGGAGAUGAGUUCCAGCUCAAGAAGAAUACUGGCUGUGGCCCUUGAGAAUGAGACAGCAGUUUUGUCAAAGUUGGUCAAAGACCUCACAGGAUCAGCCCCAGAAUCACCAGAUCCCUCUCUCGGCAUCGCAGGCACAACUCAUAGCCUCGCUCUCAAAACACCAUACUAUUCCACCACAGUUCCCAUCUGGCUUGAUCUCAUCGCCUCACCUUCUGAAUGGUCAGAGUCAUUUCUCUCUCCCGAAGCCGCCGAAGUGCUCGCCGUGUUAGGAGGUGUAGUAGUAGUCUUCACCGCAGGUCCGAUUUCAUCGUCAAAGGAUCACCCGGCAAAGGAACUAGUAGAGCACAUCGGCAAAGUCCUGAAGAAGGGACUAGGAGGGUGGGAGUGGGAUGGCGUAGGACUAGCUAUCGGCGUGGGCGGAGAUGGGAACGAAGAAGAAUGGGAUGAGAUCUGCGCAGAGGCUGGAUUGGAGUUUGUGUCUCUUGGUGGAAAAGGCGAUACUGGUCGUAACGAAUUUGGCGAAAAAACUGGUGUUGCACGAGUAAAGGAAGCCCUCGAAGCAAAUGACUGGUCUCAAAUUGAAGCACCACUCUCAGAUUCCGAGUUCGGCGACUUUGAAACCAGCUCAGCCAAAGCAGACGAAGACGACAAAGAAUUAGAUCCCCAAAAGAUGGGAUUUGGCUUUGACAAAACAGAUUUCGAAGGUCUACGACGCGCCAUAUGGGAGUCCAGCCAGGAUGUUGAAGAACCCUCAGAAUCCAGCAAGGCGGAGACUAGCAAGGAGGGUGCUUCUGGGGGAAUUGGGUUGGAGGACCUGGAUGAGGACGAGAUCGCCAAGAUCGAGAAGAUGAUGAGAAAACUCCAAGCUGUAAGGGAAGCCGGCGAGGGGAUGGGAGAGGAGCAGAGGAAGAGAAUGGCGGCCAGGGCAGUAGAGGAGGUGAUGAGGGAUCUCUGAACUGGAAUAGGCAAUAUGUGAAUCUCUU